AUGAGAGACAUGACCGCCCAUACAAUUCUCAUCUUUCCCUUGCCAACCCGGGCACUGGCAUCUCCCGCAAGGCGGCUUCUCAGGACCCCUCACGAUCCGUCACGAUCUGUCAGAGACCCGGCAACCCACACUCUCUGA